AUGAGGCAACUAAAUACCUUUAUAUUAUUAAGUAAUUAUGGAUUCAUAUAUUUUUUAUUAAAUUUCGGAGGAGCUUCAAAGUAGUAAGGGUCAGUUGGUGAAUUUAGAGAAAUAAAUUCACGAAUAUUAAAAAUAUCAUCCCAUUUAAAUGUUAAAAGAGCGAUUUCACAUUCAGCGGAUAAUCUACAUUAAGUAAGUAAAAAUUGUUUAUUCAAGUUAAUAAGUCCAAAGAGGUCCAAAAAAAGUUAUGUCCUCCAAAUAAUAUUGUCAAUGGAUCAAUCAAUUAUAGUAAAAAUUAUAAUUUAUUUGAAGUAGUCACAACUGCCUAUGCUUAAUCUAUCUAAACCUGAUUAUAAUAAACCGAUUUUCUUGGGAUAACAAUGA